AUGGCUGAGGAGGUGUGUCCCGACCAAAAAAAUAAAUUUGAAAAUAUAAGUCUUUCUGCAAGAACGUGUACCCGGCGAACUGAAGAUUUGGGCGAUAAUUUAUGUCAGCAACUCCGGGAAAAAGCACAACAAUUUCAGUGGUUCUCUUUGGCUACCGAUGAAAGUAAUGACGUUUCAGAUACUGCCCAGCUUUUAUUAUUUAUUCGCGGAAUCGAUAAGAACUUUAAUGUCUAUGAGGAGCUUUUACAGUUAUGUAGCUUGAAGGGAACGACAACAGGGGAAGAUUUGUUUUGUAACUUAGAACAAGCGCUAGUUUCAAUGCAGUUACCAUGGAAAAAAUUGGUAAGUGUAACAACUGACGGAGGCAGGAACAUGAGUGGACAAAAUAAGGGUUCGGUCGGUAGAAUUAUGACGAAACUGGCAGGGAUAGGGUGUACCAUCCCGUUAUUUUUUCAUUGCAUUAUCCACCAAGAAGCGUUGUGUUCCAAAGUCCUAUCAUGGAAAGAAGUAAUGAACAUUGUGGUAUCGACUGUAAACUAUAUCAGAAAAAAUGGAUUGACUCAUCGGCAAUUCCAGCAGUUUCUGUCAGAUAUGGAAGCAGAUUAUCGAGAUGUUGUUUAUUAUUCUGAAGUGAGAUGGUUAAGUAGAGGAGCAGUACUGAAAAGAUUUUUUGAUCUCAGAAAAGAAAUCAACACUUUUAUGAAUGAACAAGGCAAAUUUAUUCCAGAGCUAACAGAUACUCAAUGGUUAAUAGACCUUGGAUUUUUGACAGAUGUAACUCAGGAGUUAAAUACGCUGAAUGUAAAGCUUCAAAGUAAAAAAAAACUAAUCUCUGAUAUGAUCACACAGACGUAA